CUGUCAACAUCACCACCUUUCUACUGGAACACCACAACAGAAACAGCAGGACCAACAAUCCAAACAACCACAUUGGCUGGUAACACCACAGCAAUUACACCAAUGACAGCGUGGCAAGGUGAGUGUUAAGAAAGUCUUGUGUAAAAUGCACUUACAAUUAAAUUGUAACUUGGAUAAGUGUUGAAAAGGGCUGAAGCCUCUGAGACUAUUAUACUGGUUUGAGUAGGCAGAGAUAUGGAGAUUGUUCUCCUUCCUAUUGGAGAGAUGGUGAGAGAGACAAUUCCUCAGUUUAGGGUUCUUUAUUGUUGAUUGGAGAUUAUCACCCAGCUAUGAUUAUCUAGUGAACUAUCCAUUUAUCCAGAUCACAAUGUGGUCUGGAAAUAAUAAACAUGAAUACAAUGGCAUCAAUACUAGGAAAAGGCACAUAUUAAUGAAACAAGAUACUGUAAUAAUACAAUGACUGAAACGAAAAUACAGGUAGCUAGCUACAAGAAUAGCCUGCUAACAAUGACUGGUAAAAUGUAGCUAACAAUGUUACAGAGCUAGCAUUAAAAAACGAGAUACAUAAGUGCUGUAAGAAUGACAAAAAUAUGAUUUAACUAUUGACAACUUUGUCAGUAAAACAUUGACAAACAAGGGCUGUACUCACAGUUUGGUAUUCACGCACAGUGAUGGGUAAAAUAGCUAGAAAAUAAUAAUGUGCAAAACUGGAGAUUCUAGCCACAACAGCAGAUGGCGACCUGCACUUGGUAAUGAAUUGAACACCGCAGGCUGUGACGUCUAGCUGUUACAAUAAGUCAUUCUGUUUUUUUUCUUCUUUUUUUUUUACUUUGUCAGAUGCCCCGAUCAGAUUGGUCAACGGUCCUAACUCCUGCUCUGGGAGAGUGGAGGUCUACCACAGUGGUAGCUGGGGGACGGUGUGUGAUGACUCGUGGGACUUGAGUGACGCCCAGGUAGUGUGUAGACAGCUGGGCUGUGGGGAAGCUCUGUCUGCACCACAUGAAGCCCGCUUCGGACAGGGGAACGGGACAAUAUGGAUGGAUGACGUUGGAUGUACAGGCAGCGAAUCUAAUCUCACAAGGUGCAGUCACAAUGGGUUUGGGAGACAUAACUGUAAUCAUGGUGAAGAUGCUGGUGUCGUCUGUUCAGGUAGGAGUAUCAUUCUUUAAUGAUCUAUAUUCAUAAUUUUUUAUCAUUCAAUCAAGAACUUCUUUAAGGCUUUAUGGAUAUAGUUAGAUCACCAUUCUGGUGUCUUAUUUUUAGACCAGGGUCAAUUCCGGGCCUUGGCUAUAACCAGGGCCUGUCGUUUCUUUUCCAUAUUAUUUUUCUUGUUGGGGGGGGGGGUCACACAGUGUUUUCUUGGUAGUCUUAAACACACACAUGGUUAUGGGCUUAAAGUACCCAGGCUCAUGUUGACUUCAGGUGAAUUACUCCCUAAAUGUAUACCUUUUCUCUCUUCUCUCUCAUUCCUCACUUUCUUACCCUCCUCCCAUUUUUUCUCAGACUCAGAGCGUCCUUCCAUCUCAGGCCCAGAGCUGGUGUGUGGGCGGAGCCUCCUAGAGGUGGGUCUCAGCCGGGCUGGUCUGGAGACUGCAGGUCUGAACGCGUUCUCUGCUCACCUGGCUGACCUCCGCUGCUCCUCCCAUCAGGAGGCUAACGGAACAGUGUGGUUCCAGGUGGAGCGCAGGGAGGGCAGCUGUGGAAACACGUUAACGGUGAGGAGUGAGAACACUGACUUCUGUCCCUUUUCAAUAUUCUCUCUUCUUACGAUCAAUUAACUUCAACUGAAGGGCAGUUCAUACUGUAUCUGUCAGUUGUUAAUUAAUAUUUAGAAAAAUGUAAAUUCAGAUCUGGGAUGCUGAAUGGUUGAUAGCUGUUAGUUAUUCCCGAUAAUCCUGGGGGGAAAUCAUUUUCACAAUUCCAUUUGAAUUAUCAAUGCGCAUCCACUGUCCCACAGCCCAGCUAGGCAAUUCAUUAACUUAAUCUACACUGGAAAAAAGCGUCUAGACAUUAUUUACCCAUGCUUCUAGCCUAGCUUGUGGUUUCCAACUGUGGGAGUUUGUCUAAACCUUGCUUCCUGCCUCUCUGAAACUGGCCAGGUGGUCUGGACAAACUCCUGGCUCUACACAUGAAUAAUGUGUCAUGUGAAUAAUAAUUUCCACACUUCAGCGAGACAUGACCAGGUCUUUAUUAUAUGAUAUUAUAUGAUAUUAUAUGAUAUUAUAUGAUAUUAUAUGAUAUUAUAUUUUAUUAUAUAUUUUUUUAUUAUAUUUUAUUAUAUUUUAUUAUAUUAUAUUAUAUUGUAUUUUAUUAUAUCAUGUCCACAGGUCAUUUUGUUAAUGUCAUCCCAACUGUCCUCCCAACUGUCCUCUCUUCAUCUAUGUUCCAGACCAACAGCACCCAUGCCAUCUACUCCAACAGUUUAUUCAUCUACCAUGUGCACAAUGUCUCCUUCACCCGACCCGUGAGCAUACCUUUCUCCUGUGCCUAUCCGCUAGACACAGAGAGCAGCCUAGAUGUGGCCGUCGUACCCUACCUACCGUGAGUGGAGACGUCACUUUACAGAAAACUAUACAAACAUCACAACACAACACACUACAACACACUACACAACACACCACAACACAACACAUCACAACACACCACAACACAUCACAACACAACACAACACACCACAUCACAACACACCACACCACAUCACAACACAACACACCACAACACACUACACCACACACCACACCACACCACACCACAACACAACACAUCACAUCACAACACACCACAACACACUACACCACACACCACACCACAUCACAACACACCACAAAACACACCACACCACAUCACAACACAACACACCACAAAACACACCACACCACACCACAAAACACACCACACCACACCACAACACAUCACAACACACCACAACACACCACAACAUUGUAGUCCCGCCCCAUCUGUGUUACACCCUGAUUAGUUCAGGAUUCUAACAAUAGUCAGUCAGAUAUCUGGAAAUAUUUAUAAUGUUGUUUUUUUUCAUGGCAUUUUAUACAUCCAAUCUUGUUGUUAUUAAAUGCAGACAAAUAUGCACAUAACAAGCUACAGCUUUGUAACUUUGUCAUAAAUAAAAUACAUUUGUCUUAGCUUGUUCUCUUGGCACCAGGGUGGAGGGUGGAGUUUCAGGUAUUGGCUCCAAGGCGUCAGCCUGCAUGUCUCUGUACCACAACUCCAACUACACAGAGCCUUACCCAGCGGGUCAGAGAGUCACUCUGCCACUGGGCUCCGCUCUGCAUGUGGGCGUGUCCGUCAAGGAGACGGAGACGGAGCGAUUUGUGGUUGUCCUGGACAACUGCUACGCCACUCAUUCCCCCAACCCUGACGACCCUAUGAGAUAUUUCAUCAUUCAGAACAAGUAUUUAUGCUUCUUUAUAGUUUAUAGACUGAACAAAGCAAGUCAAUUAAGAAAGUCUGUUAAGAAUAAAUGAUUAUUUACAAUGAUGGCCUGUGAGUGUGUGUGUUUGUGCUUGGCUACAUGUCUGUGUAUAUUUGUGAGUGGACUUGUCCGAGCCAGACGGCCCAUAGGACUGUAGCACGAGGCAACUUGAUGUACAAGCACACCUCAUGUGCCUUACACCCAAUCAAUUUGUUUUAUGCUGAUAUGAGUGCAAAGCAGAGAGGCAUCAGGUCCCAUUUUUGGUUGUGUAUUUUUGUAACUGUGUAUGAGUUAAACCCUGGUCCUCCCUCUCUGUUCCCCAGAUGUCCUAGUGAUCAUACCCAGGUCAGGGUGGAGGAGAGUGGCUCAUCACUCGAGGCUCGCUUCUCUGCGCUGCUGUUUCUGUUCCAGGGGGACUACCGG